CUUGAGCUCCAUGUUUAUUGCAGGAUGACACAGAAGAAAAUUCAAAUGAUGGCAGCCAGCCUUCAAAAAGACGACGUAUGGGCUCAGGGGACAGUUCUCGAAGUUGCGAAACUUCUAGUCAAGAUCUUGGCUUUAGCUACUUCCCUGCUGAAAAUCUGAUAGAAUACAAAUGGCCACCAGAUGAAACAGGAGAAUAUUAUAUGCUUCAGGAGCAAGUCAGUGAAUACUUGGGCGUGACCUCCUUUAAACGAAAGUAUCCAGAUUUAGAGAGACGGGACCUAUCUCACAAGGAGAAACUCUACCUCAGAGAACUAAAUGUCAUCACAGAGACUCAGUGCACAUUAGGUUUAACAGCUUUGCGUAGUGAUGAAGUAAUUGACCUGAUGAUUAAAGAGUACCCUGCCAAACAUGCUGAGUACUCUGUUAUACUACAAGAAAAAGAACGUCAGCGAAUAACAGAUCAUUAUAAAGAAUACUCUCAAAUGCAGCAGCAGAACACACAGAAAGUAGAAGCCAGUAAAGUUCCAGAAUAUAUUAAGAAAGCUGCCAAGAAAGCUGCAGAGUUUAACAGCAAUCUGAACCGGGAACGAAUGGAAGAAAGAAGAGCCUAUUUUGAUUUACAGACACAUAUUAUCCAGGUGCCUCAAGGAAAAUACAAAAUCUUACCUACAGAGAGAACAAAAGUUAGUCCCUAUCCUGUGGCUCUCAUACCAGGCCAGUUCCAGGAGUACUACAAAAGAUACUCCCCAGAUGAACUUCGUUAUUUGCCAUUAAACACUGCCCUUUAUGAACCACCCUUGGAUCCAGAGCUGCCUGCAUUAGACAGUGAUGGAGAUUCAGAUGAUGCAGAAGAUGGUAGAGGUGAUGACAAACGGAAAACCAAAGGCAAUUCGGACAAUUCAUCUGGCAAUGUAUCUGAAGGGGAUUGCGCCACUGACAACCAGGAGGAUACUUUUCAGGGAAGACAAAAAACAAGAGACAAAAGUGCUACUCCAAGAAAAGAUGGUUCCAAACGUUCUGUACUGUCCAAAUCAGUUCCUGGGUACAAGCCAAAGGUCAUUCCAAAUGCUAUAUGUGGAAUUUGUCUGAAGGGUAAGGAGUCCAACAAGAAAGGAAAGACUGAAGCACUUAUUCACUGCUCCCAAUGCAACAAUAGUGGCCACCCUUCUUGCCUUGAUAUGACUCCGGAGCUUGUUGCCAUGAUUAAGACUUACCCUUGGCAAUGUAUGGAGUGUAAAACAUGCAUUAUAUGUGGACAGCCUCAUCAUGAAGAAGAAAUGAUGUUCUGUGAUGUAUGUGACCGCGGUUAUCACACCUUUUGCGUGGGUCUUGGUGCUAUUCCUUCAGGUCGCUGGAUUUGUGACUGUUGUCAAAAAGACACCCCAGUACCCAGGAGAGGAGGAAGAAGGGGGAAAAACAGCAAAGAGGGAUAAAAAAAAAAUCUGCCUUCCAAUACUCUUAACGGUAUACAAUAAAGCAAUACAUUUGGUGCUAUUUAACCAGCCACUCUGUAAAAGGAACAAUACCACUUUUUAAAAAUGAAAUAAAAGUUUAAUUUUGACUAUAUAACAAUUUUUUCUUUAAUAGUAAGGUUAUUGGCAAUGUUCUGUCAUAGCUGUUUAAAAGGAAACCUCAUAUUUCCAUUGAAAACAGAAAACUUUCAAGGAAAGUCUGAGUAAUUGCAUAAUCUACUGUAUAAACAAGCUUAUAGCAACACUUAACAGAUUCUGAAGAUGUUCUGAAUAGCAGUAACUUCUACCUAAAGAGAACGCUAUACAGCACUUAAGCUAUCUGUACAGUAAUCAAUUUUAUUCCAAUAAAGCAAAACAAGACUUAAAAGAUCAAAAAAGACCAUUCAGAUAAAAAAUACUAUUUAGAUUACUGUUUGAUAUUCAAUUGUCCUCUAACUAAAAAAAACACCAAAACAUGAUUUCAAAGUUAAGACUAUCUUGAAGUCUUUUAGUGCAUUGUAGGAAAAAGCCAGUCUGCUUUAGGAGCAUUAAGUCCCAGCUGGAAAACAGUUAUUCACUCCCCCAGGAGUCGGUGAAUGGUUAAGCCAGAGAUGUACUAAUGACCAUAUAGAGUGAGACUAUGGAAGUGGCAAUACGUUCAUGGUUAGUAAACACUCCUGAAAGGGUUCCUCUCCGUGUAGACCCCUUUCCAAGCUUAUGCUACAAAUACAGGCUCAAUUGUUUUUAGAUGAACAAUGCCAAUGCCAUUUACAUACAACA